ACGAGCUCGCGGGUGACGUGUUUGCGUAUCCUCAGUGUUGUUCUCUCUUUAUAGUGUAUUAUUAAGUGUAAACAGAGUCUUGUCUCUGUGUAUUUUAGUGUUGAUGAUGAGAGAUGAGAUGUGCUGUAAAUCUGUAGGAACUGAUCACGGCUUCCAUGAUGAUAAAUCUACUGAUCGAAUCUCCACAAAGUCUCUGGAUUCUGUCUGUAACACUGGAGAACCGCGGCAGAUCCUGCAGACCAAACUCAAGAUGUGUUCAGUCAAACUCACGAACCUUACGAUGAAGAUCAAAACUGAACCUACAGAAAUAAAAACCGAACCCACAGAAAUAAAAACGGAACCUCCAGCAGCUGAAUAUGAAGACAAUCAGGAUGGUCAUGAUUUUAUUCUGACAGAUGUGAAGAGGGAAUUAUGUUUGGAUGGAGAAAUAACGUCGUCGACUCUUUCCUGCAUCACCGGUGGAGAGACAUUGAGCUCACAAAGACAUUUAAAGAGAGAACACACAGAACAGAAACACUUCACCCACACCAGAUCUGAGAUCAGCUUUACUACCAUACAGAAGAAGAAACGUCAUUCAGAAGAGCACAGAAAGGAGGAGAAGAAGAAGAAGAAGAGGAGGAAGUUUGAUUGUGAGCAAUGUGGGAAGGAUUUUGGCUUCUUAUCUCAUCUAAAACUUCACAUUAAGACACACAGUAAAGUAAAGCCUUUCCACUGCACUGAAUGUGGCAAAUAUCUCAGCAGCAAACAAAGUCUUGUUAAUCAUCAGAGAAUUCACACAGGAGAAAAACCAUACGAGUGUCCUCAGUGUGAGAAGAGAUACAGAUAUAAAGCCACUCUGAAGAAACAUUUGUUUAUACACAUCAAGGAGAGACCGCAUCAGUGCGACGAAUGUGGAAAACCCUUUAAUGAUUUGGAUUCAUUAAAAUUACACCAGAAAAUUCACUCUAAAGAGAACCGCUACCAAUGUUCACAGUGCGAUAAAUGUUUCAGUUUUAAAUAUCAGCUGACAAUCCAUCAGGUAGUUCAUACUGAAAAGAAACCUCAUCACUGCAAUGUUUGUGGGAAGAGAUUUAGGCGACAUGACAAUUUAGUGAAUCACCAAAGAUCUCAUAUAGAUAAAAAAAUGCACAAAUGCUCUCAGUGUGAAAAGGUGUUUGCAUGUGCAGGUUACUUAAAAAUCCAUGAGAGAAAUCACACUGGAGAGAAACCUCAUCACUGCAAUGUUUGUGGGAUGAGUUUCAGUCAACAUGUCGGUUUAGUGACACACCAGAAAACUCAUACAGGUGAAAAACCUUACAAAUGCUCUCAAUGUGAGAAGACGUUUCCAAGAUCAGGUCACUUAAAAUCCCAUGAGAGAGUUCACAUAGGAGAGAAACCUUACGUCUGCUCCAUCUGUGGAGAGAGAUUUCUUUAUUCUGGAAGUCUUCAGCAUCAUCAGAAGAAGAAACAUGAUGACACAAACUACCCAGAAAUCAUCGAAGUGUCUUAAAGUCUUGAAGUCACUCACUGCGUGAAAUUGGAGUUAAGGUUCGAUGCUAUUAUGCACUAGAACAAAAACAAUUUAUUACUACAUUGAUCUCGGUAAUUUGCGGCACAAUAAAGCAAAGUUUUUUUCAAGAACUGUGCUGAAUUUUCCCUCUUGCGCCCAACAAAUAAACAGGUCGCUCAUUCAGAUCUGAGCAUUACGUCAGGUUUACGGAGGGUGUGAUUGUGGUGCUAAACUGUAUUAAUACAUGCCAUUGAAUUCACAGUUGUUUAUUGUUUUUAAACAGCUGUAGGCCUACAUGAAAUUGAAAAAUAGAAAACUAUUGUUAUUAUGAUAAUAAAUAUGAAUUAGUAUUUGUUAGGGAAAACAAAUACGAGGAAAUUCAAUGCGUACCGUCAACUGUGUGCAUACAAUCAUUUAUCACAACACUUCCAAAAUAUUUGUUUUCUUACUAUGAACCCAAAUGGUUACAAUCAGCUGUGUGCUUACAAGCAUUUAUCAAAUUAUCUUCUUUUGUUUUCAUCAAAAUAAAAAAUACAGGUUUAUAACUACAUUAGGAUGAGUAAAUGAUGACAGAAUUUUCAUUUUAAAGUGAACUAUUCCUUUAAAGGGGUCAUAUUAUGAGAUAUUUUUAAGAUGUAAAAUAAGUCUUUGGAAUCUCCAGAGUGCAUAUGUGAGGUUUAAGCUAAAAUACCCCACAGAUAAUUUAUUAUAGCAUGUUAAAAUUGACACUUUGUAGUUGUGUUUUUUUAUGCAAAUGAGCUAAUAAAAUGCAAAUACUGAUAUCCAUGAUGGUGGUUUGUUGAAAUUGAAACUCGAUUAUGCUGUCAAUUAUCUUCUCUCUUUCUGUCUGAACUAAAUGGCAGUGCUGUGAUUGGAUAGUGCAGAUUGAGAGGUGGUAUUAUUGUAAUGCGACUCGCUACCUAUGUCACAAAACAGGUGAAAUCUGAAUUAACCUAUUUUUUCACAAGCUUGCAGAGAAUUGUUUACCAAAACAAAGUUACUUAGUUGUUCUUUCUCAAAUUUUCUAUGUUGAUAGAAGCACUGGGGGCCCAAUUUUAGCUUUUAAACAUGGAAAAGUCAAAUGUUCAUGCUAUGACCCAUCUGCAUCUGUCCCAGUUAAAUCUAUCACAUUCAACUUCUGAUAUUAUGUGAUGAUUCCACUCUUUGUCUGCAAGAUGCAACCCAAAUUCCAUUAGCUCUUGUCUAGAAUAUAUUCAGUAUUUCUCCAAAGCCUUGGGCUUAUCAAAUGUGAAUUGAUGUCAAUUAAAG